UGUUCAGCUCCCUGGCCCCUAGGUCUGCGCAGGCGUCCCGGGAGGAGCCCGAGCGCGGGGCUACGGGGAGGAGGUGGCCGUCUGGCACGGGCCCCAGGGCCUUACGGGCCCCAGGGCUGCUCCCGCAAGCUGCUCCCAUUUGCAAAACCUGAAACAGGGAGAAAAGAAGGAAAGGGGGAGCAUGCGGUGGGGAGAAGGCAGGGGAACACGUUGUGAGCAGAGGUGGGGAUGCACAUGUCCCCUCUGCAGUGUGUCCGAGCCCGGGUGGACCAGCGUUAUCCCGUGGGGGACACGGCUCUGGCUGGCGACCAGGAAUGUGCCCAGGGAAGAGGAAGGAAAGGGUCCAAAGGAUUUGAAUAGUUUCCUCUUUCGAUUAACGCAAGCCUGUGCCACAUGCCUGCAAUUGCCUCCCUGUGUAUUCUGGAUAAUUAACAGCCCUUUCACCCUCCAAACAUCAGGUUAGAAUAAAUUAUAUAUGCCAACUGGCCAAGCAGCCUGCAGCUUUUCUCCUAAUCGCAUUAGCCUGGAAGUCUCCCUGCCCUGCGGCAGCCGGGAUCCGGACCUGCCCGGCCGGGGCGCGCGGCUCCCUUUCCGCCUGCUCUGGGCCCGGAGCGGAGACGGGCGAGCGGCCCGGCCGGGGCUGCGACUCGAGACGGACGGACGGACGGCGCCUGCUCUGCGCCGGCAACUUCCCCUUUCCUUCCCAAGCUGCUAGGGAGAGCCAGGAUCUGAGGGUCCCGCUGGCAGAGAUUUCCCUGUUCACAGGUCAAUCUAAGAGCUCACGGGCUUUUCUAAUCCUGCUCCUCUUAUCUGCUGUGCUGGCUUUUAAUGCACAACAGUGAUUUUUCUGUUAAGUCAUGGGGCAUUAAAACAAAUGCCAAAUGUGAAGAGUCCACACGUCCUGUUUCAACAGAUCUACCUCUGUCAACGCAGCUUCUCUCUGGUUUGGGUAUAUUAACAAAGAAUUGGCUUUUAUCCCAUCAUCCUGAGUUCAUAGGGUUCUCAUAAUAUUUCAUUAAUAUCAAUCAUACAGAAGUUAUCAGCAAAUGCCCUUCCUCUAGGAAGCCCAGUUGUUUAUUUUCUUAAAAAAAAAAAAAAAAAGCUUAAUUUCAAUUCUGUUUCUCCUGGUGGUGGUGAGUCACUGCUAAAACACAACACAUGGCAUCAUUGCAAAGGAACGAACUGCAAACCCCGGUACUGGUUAUUUUCUGCUGGAAACCCACUUUACAUGAUUUUUUUCUGCUUGCAGAGCUUGUUUGUGCAGAUGUUUACAGCGGCGUGUGCCGGUGGGAAAUGCAGGUGAGGCUGCAGUUCAUCCGCACACCAGCACCAGAGGGGCCCCCCGCUACCUGCACGUCUGAUACAGGGACGACUGCCCGAGACACCCGCGUGCCACGAAGCGCCUGGCUGUCCCUCGCUCCGGCGGGGCUCCCCAUCCCGCCACGAGCUCAGCUGCGGUGCAGGGCCACGGCCGGGGUUUGCAGCCUCGUCCAGCCCGUAGAGGCUGCCCGGUCCCUCAGCCUGCGCCCUUGGGACGGCAGCCGUGACAUCUGCGCCCGGGCUGCCCUGAGCCACCCGAGAGAAAACGAUGCUGCUCCUGCCCGCGGCCCCGGCCUUCCCUCUCCCUCUUCGCUCAGGGCUGACGAAUUCCUCAACACAAACGUCCUCCUGUUUGUCCCAUUAGUGCCAUCAUUAAAAACCAGUUAGUCUCCCAGGGAGAGCAAACGCAGCCCAGCCUGGGCCUUGCCAAGGGACCCGGCAGCCGUCCUGCCCCCGGACCCGCGUCCCCUCCGAAGCCCGGCGCAGGUGAGCCGUCCUCCCCGGCGCUUGUGUACUGCGGCUAAUUGGCGAAGGGCGCUGGGGAGCCCAGCUUCGCACCUUGUUAGCGCGGCAAUUAGCUCUCUUUACCUCCCUGAUGGCUCAUGUGCAUAUUUGACUCCAAUCCAUCUUUGGGCCGAGUUAUAAAGGUGGUGCCGGGGCGCCGGCGGGAGUCGAGCUGGGGCUGGGACAGGAGAGCCAUGCUGGGGACGGUCCUGCUCCUGCUGGCCCUGGCGAGGCCGGUGGCCCCGGACGGCGCGGCCAGCCAGCGAGCCGAGGCGCUCAGGAGGCUCCUGGAGGUCUUCGGCAUGGAAGACCCCCCGCCGCCCCCGGCUCAUGUCAAGCAGCCGCCCCAGUACAUGGUGGAUCUGUUCAACACCGUGGCCAACGCGGACGGCGUCACCAAGAACCCCGACAUCCUGGAGGGCAACACGGUCCGCAGCUUCUUGGAUAAAAUUCACAGCGACAAGAUGCAUUUCCUCUUCGUCCUGUCCAGCGUAGCCAAGAACGAGAAGAUCCUGACGGCGGAGCUGCAUCUCUUCCGCCUCUGGCCGAGGGCCACUGACGGGCCCAAAAGGCACCACUUCUGCCAGGUGAGCAUCUACCAGGUUCUGGACAAGAGCAACCCGGACUCGCCCCAAGGGAAGAAGCUGCUGGCGGCCAGACUCCUCUCGCUGCAGGGCUCCGGCUGGGAGGUCUUUGCCAUCACCCAAGCUGUUCGCGACUGGACGGAGGACGAAAGCAGCAACCAGGGUUUGUUGGUCCUGGUCCACAGCCUGGGCGGGGGCCCGCUCGACCCCCCCGCCGUGCAGUUCGCCUCUGGCCGGGACCACGAGAGCAAGAAGCCCAUGCUGGUCCUCUUCACGGACGACGGGCGCCGGGGAGCAUCCCUGCCCCCCGCCGCCUUCGCAGAUCUACAGCCUCAGGCUCCCGUUCUCCCUGCUAAGAUGACGGUGCCAAAACUGAACGGGCCACGGAGUACGCGCUCGCUGGACCGGCUCCAGCCCUGCCAGAGGCAUCCCUUGUCCGUGGACUUUGAGGAGAUCGGCUGGUCCGGGUGGAUCAUCUCGCCGCGGGGGUACAACGCCUACCACUGCAAAGGCGCCUGCCCCUUCCCGCUGGGCGAGAACAUGCGGCCCACCAACCAUGCCACCGUGCAGUCCAUCAUCAACGCCCUCAAGCUGAGCGAGGGCGUGAGCAGCCCCUGCUGCGUGCCCGACAAGCUCUACUCCAUCAACCUCCUCUACUUUGACGACGACGAGAACGUGGUCCUCAAGCAGUACGACGACAUGGUGGCUGGGAGCUGUGGCUGCCACUGACGCGGGAGGGACAAGAAGGUGCUGCCGCUGCCACGUCGGAGGCCGGUCCCGCUGCCCGCAUCCCUCCGAGAGCCCCGGGAAGCUGCACAGCGAUUUCCCCCGAUGCACAACUGCUCUGCAAGAGUCUCCAUCCUGCAAAACCCCUCAGCGGUGCCAAAGAGACCAGGGGGAGCAAAGCAAGGCCGUGGCUGGCUCUCCCCGCCAUGGCCAGGGUGGCUUCGCCCCGGCAGUGCCUGGGAAGGCUCAGGGCCGAGCUCUGAUUAAAUUGACCCAAACAAGCACUUGCGAUUUGGGAGCCCGGCGAGGGGGAUGGCUCCAUUUCGGGGUGCCCCGCGGAGGGCGUGCAGGUCUCCUUGCUCACAUGAAGGCUUCCUGCAGGCUGUACUAUAUGUAUAUAGCAAGAGCACUAAUAUAUGACAGAAACCGCCUGUACAGUGGCCUGUAAAUGUCUGUACAUUGCUGCAUUUUUGUGACUUGUAAAAUGAAUUCAGAAAAUUAAACCU